AUGAACCUCUCUUACCGUCAACUUUUAUACAAAAGUCUCCUCCAACCAAUAUGGUCAUACGGAAUCGCCCUCUGGGGCACUGCCAAACCAUCACUUUCGGACAAUCCAAGCUUUCCAAUCGAUAUGUCUUCGCAUGGUCACCAAAGCACCUUGAAACAUGGCUCUCUUCUGACGUCCAUGACUCUGAACUUGGGCUCAAUGGCUAUCAAAUCUUCAGGGUUGACAGAAAUUAUCUUAACAGUAACUACUCACGAGGAGGUGGUGUUCUCAUUGCAAUCAAGUCUUAUAUUAAAACAUCUCUUAUCUGUACAAACAUCAACACGCUCGAGUGCAGUUUACUUACCACCUAAUUCCACCCUCCCAGAUUUUGAGGCCCAUACCAGCUCUAUAGAACACUUAAUAUCAACUACUAACCCUACAUCUAUUCUUCUCUGUGGUGACUAUAAUCUACCUCUUAUUAAAUGGUCCAAAAGCAACCAAGGUCUUUUCGCAUCAGGUACCAUGUCUAACACUUCUACUCAUCUUGUCGAUUCUUUCUCGUACUAUAAUUUUUACCAGCUCAAUCAAGUGCCUAAUGCCCGUGGAUGCCUUCUUGACCUUGUCUUUUCUAGUUUUGACACACCUACUGUCCAACUUGCCAACACUCCAAUUGUUUCUCCUGUUAUGGACGUCUCCACAACCGACAUACAGACAGGGGUUCACAACACUCCGGAUUCUUACCACCCACCUUUGUUUAUAUCUUUUCCAUUUCCAACUCCGAUAACUGCUCAAGUCAAACAUAAAUACCGUGAUUAUAAAUCGGCUGAUAAAAAAUCCAUGCUCCGUUAUCUAGGAUCAUUUGAUUGGGAAAGUACUUUUUCGCUUUAUUCAGUUGAUGAUUCUGCUGUUGUCUUUAAUGAUGCACUUCUAAGCUCUAUAAAUCAAGCAAAAUGUAAACGCCAGUCAAAAGUUGAUUACUCUGCUCAUUUUGGGCAUACCGAAGAGACUCUAUCAUCUUCCCCCUCCAAAUUCUGUAAAUUUGUAAAUAAUCUAAAACAGAAACCUCCAAUUCCGUCAUCACUCCAUCUCGGUAAUAUUGCCUCAAAUACUCCAACUGAAUCAGCUAAUCUGUUUUCAACUCAUUUCUCCUCGACGUUCAACUCCUCGUCUUUCCAACUUCCACCAUUUACUGGCUCAUCUGAUUACUUAUCAUAUGAACUUCCUUCCGAUAUAACGUUUACUGUCGACGAUGUUUUUUCCGCUCUUAAAUCCUUAAAAAAUACUUACUCUAAUGGCCCAGAUGACAUAUCCGCUCAAUGCUUAUACAAUUGUCGUUUUUCUAUUGCUUAUCCAAUUUAUUUAAUUUUCAGGCGUUCGUUAGAUUUAGGUAUUUUUCCUAAGGUUUGGAAAAUAUCCUCUAUAACACCUGUUCUGAAAUCUGGUGACGCUUCUGAUAUCCAAAGCUACAGACCAAUUUCUAUAAUACCACAUAUUGAAGUUAUCGAGCACAGAAGUCAGGUAGAUGUAAUCUUUACAGACUUUAAUAAAGCAUUUGACACAGUGGACCACGAUUGCCUUAUAAUGGUGCUUAAGUCUUUAGGCAUUGGGAAUCCCCUACUAUCUUGGUUGCACUCUUACAUCACAGAUAGAAAACAAUUCAUAAAAAUCAAAAAUGCUGUUUCGAAGUCAGCUGUGAUACCAUCUGGAGUCCCUCAAGGAGGCCACCUUAGUCCUCUUUUAUUUAUUCUAUUUGUAAACUCGAUAACCAAAUGGAUCACUAAGGCUAAACUCCUUAUUUUUGCUGAUGACAUAAAAAUAUUCCUUAAAAUAGACAAUCUUAAUCAAUGUCAUAUCCUACAGUCAGAACUAGAUAUUUUUGCAAGUUGGGCGCACUCCAUUGGCCUUAGCCUUAAUAUAAGCAAAUGUCAUGUUAUGUCGUUUUCUAGGCAGCAAUCUCCUAUCCACCACAACUAUUCUCUAAAUGGCACUUCUCUUAACUGUGUCUUCCUCUAUAAAGAUCUUGGUAUUCAUUACUCACCAUCAUUAAAUUUUGAGCACCAUAUAAAUGUCACUGUAGGUAAAGCUUUAAAAGUAUUGGGUUUUAUUAAACGCAAUACUAAUCAGUUUUCUUCUGCUCGUUGUCUCUGCACAUUAUACUUCUCAUUAGUACGUUCUAUAUUAGAAUACGGUGUGGUGGUGUGGCAUCCCUACCUAGCUAAAGACGAACUAAGACUCGAGCGUGUACAAAAUAGAUUUCUUUCCUACAUUGCCUACAUAAUGAAGAUACCUCACCCUACGCAUGACUAUUCCUUAAUUCGUAGUUCAUUGGGAAUACCAAUGCUGUCAACUCGUCGACAAGAUGCUGAUGAGCGCUUUAUAACCUCACUCCUAGGUGGCACCAUAGAUGCACCCGAUCUCCUCUCUAAAAUAUGUUUUCGUAUCCCAUCCUUCUCCAGAAAUCACGCACUCUUCCAAGUUCCAACUCACAAUACAUUAUACGGACAUAAAUCACCCCUUACACAGAAUGCUUCGUAA